CGUUAAAAAGUAAUUCUACCUCGGUCACUAAAAUCUGUUAGAAAAAGUUUAAUAAAGUUGAUUCGCCAUUCAUGUCAGCAAAUAAGAAUAGUUCAAGUAAGAAAGAUGAUUUAGCAAAUCUGGAUUCCACCCAAAUUGCCACCAAAACUAAAGCAGAAAGUGUCAUGUCGAUGGUACAGUCAUUUGAGCAUAAUGAAAGUUUCUUGGUUGGUCAGGGCAUUAAGAGUAAAUCCAAAGCAAUUCAUUCAUCCAGAUCAUCAGAUGCUUCAAGUCAUCACACCAAAACAUUGAAAAACAAUCAAACCAAGCAGGAAACCAAACGGAGACAUGUGAUUGGACCGACAUUCAAAUCCAGAAAUGAUGAUUUUCACAAGAUUUUCACAUCAGUUAGCCCAAGUGAAAAAAUAAUUUCAGAUUAUUCUUGUGCACUACAAAUGGACAUUUUAUUUCAUGGUCGCAUGUAUAUAAGUGAAAACCACCUGGGGUUCUAUGUUUACCUGUUCAGAAAAGAAACCAAAAUUCUCAUAAAAUGGAUUGAUGUAAUCAAAAUAAAAAGAGAAAAGACGGCAAAAUUGAUUCCAAAUGCAAUUCUUCUUGUGACUCAUUCUGAUAAAUACUGCUUCACAUCUCUGGCCAUGCGAGACAAAACGUUUCUUUUAAUGAGGGAGUUGUGGCAGAACUCAUUCAGUAACUAUAAGCUGACGAAUGUAGAUUUGUGGUUGUGGAGGUAUUAUAACUAUGGAGAUGAGUUGGGCUUGAAUGACGAAGCUGACAGUAACAGAUUAUUCUCAAGAAGUAUCUCACAUAAUGAUGGCAGUUCUGCCGAUUGCAAAAAAAUUUCAAGCAGUCCCACAAUUUAUGACGAAGGUGCCGAUGAUUCUCUCAGGUUCAAAGUGACCGCACUGGAUAGGUCACAGUUUUAUUGUCGAGUUCAAAAACAGUUGAAACUUCUUCAAUUGGAAACUACGAACAAGAUUGUAAGUUGAGUUUAUUUUAACAUAAUUGAAAAAUUUUGCUUAGUUUAAGCUAAAGUAUGUAUGCAGCAACGGAUCGAUGGGACCGUGCGAGCCAGUGCACCCGUUUGAGCGUUAUUUGUAUUAAACGUUAGAAAUGUUCGUUGUUUUGACAAAAAAGUAGUGUUUUGAAGGAAAAAUAGACAUUAUAAGCCCAAAAAUGGUCGUAAGUUAACAAAUUUAGACCACUAUUACCAAGAAAAUUGAAACAUUUUCCAAACAAAUUUGAAUAUUGAAUUUUUUUUCUAAAUUUGAAAAUCUUGGUUUUUUGGCUUUCCCAUGAAAGUUGUCUUUUGCCACUGUUUUAUUCCAAAUAUUUUAACAACAUAACAAAGUAAAGUUUCAUAUUCUAUUUUUUUGGUUAAAUUCUGUUUUACCGUCUUUAAUAUUACACGCACUCGGCCAAACGUUACUUUAAUGUUGACAUUUAUAGAAAUAACUUUAAUAAAUGGAUAAUUUUAAUUUUGAUAUUGAUGUUUUAAUAAUUUUUGAAGCAUAAAAUAUAUUUGAUUUAAAAGAUAAUAAAGAUAUUUCGCCUAACUCUGCCGCCAUACUAAUUAUUCUAUAUUAAUUAUUUUUAUAAUGUUAGACUUUUAUAAUAGUCUUUAUUUGAAUUGGU